CAGCACACCUGUGCCUAUUUAAUGUCUCCAUAGCUGUUGUUGUGGAUUAGCAUUUCAUCAGGAUGGAUUAAGAUUGAAUUGACAUGAAGCUCUCAUACUCUCCACCAUCUCUCCUUUUCUUGCCAGGGAAUUUUUUUUCUCAUGGUAUAAUUUUAAAUAAAUUUUAAGUCUUGUGAAUGCGUAAAGCCUGCCUAUGUGUGUUUGUAUAUAAAAUAGCACUUAGUGGUCAUGAUCUGUGGUAGAAAAUAUACUAAAGAUGUGUGUAGGGCCUGAUGCAGUUGCAUCCAUCAGGCUAAAAUAGUGUCACAUGGAACAAAAGCUUUCGAGUUUUAUUUAGCCUUUAAUCCUCACACAGUGUUUGUGUAUUUGUCCAUGUGAGCUAGCCAUUGCAGGCAGGAAGGGAUAAAUCUGGAUUAAGCAGAGCAACUCCUUUCUGCAUCUGAAUUACACAGAAAAGACCUUUCCAUUCUACUUAUUUUGAGCCAGGCUGAGUUACUGUUAGAUGUUUCUUGUUUUGCAACUAAAGUUUCGAAGAAUAAAUAAUUCAGGCAGCACUUUGAAAUAGUAAACCACCUGCUGGACUAUUUCCUAAAGCCCAGAAGGAUUCAGAUACAGGGCUUCUGGGUUUUUUUUGUAUUUGUUUAUGUGUGUAACCUAAGAUUUUACAGGAGAGCUUUCCUGUCCUUCUUAAAAGCUAAAUAUUGCUGAAUGCCAGUUCCAAGCAGACAUAUUGGCCGCUCUCAGAGCUGGGAUGCUGCAGGAUGGGACGAAGGCUCCUGGGAGAACGACGCUACAUUUCAAUGCCAGAGACCUCCAGGGAGAAGGAAUUCACUAACCUAUGGUGGUGAGGGAUUUUGGUGUGAGCAGCCAAGCUGUAAACCACAUGAUAUCAUCUUGCAAGGAGGUACGGACUUGAAACAAGAUUUGUAUCGAUAUCCGGAGCCACAUUUUACACAGCGUUCCUUUUGGAGAGGUUCCAUUCCUGAUUUUGCAUAUUACGACAGACAGCCUGCGAUGUCCGCACGGAGUUCCUUGCCACCUCAGGAUUACUACAAUGAUCCUUCUUUAGCUACUAGAUCACCCAGAGAUUCAUGCUACUAUAGAGAUCAUGUGACUAACAGACCUUUAUCGAAUUAUGGCAUGCCUGGGGGUAGAUUGGCUUGGGACCAGAUGCAAGUACGGUCACCUGUACCACAUGAAGCCAGCCAUGUAUACAGAGAUCCUGUGAUCAGGAUGGUUCCCGAAGCACAGAGAAUUCGAAAUAGAGAUCCUUCUCUAACAAGGUAUGGUGUUGAACCCCCUGCAUCUAGAUGUAGAGGAGAACCUUCUGUAUUUCCUUAUCGACAAGUUUAUAAUGACGUAGUAGACAGAUCUGUAGAUUCUGCAGCCAGUAAACAAGUUGCUCCAACAUGUUUGGUAGUAGAUCCAAAUUCAGCUGCAGCCCCUGAUGGAAAUGUAAUGCUGCCUGCCACUUCUGUAAAUCGUGGUCAUGGACCAGUCAGAGACAAUUUCAGUACAAAAAUCCCUUAUGAUGGCUAUGAAGCAACAAUGACAUCUUCCCAAAUGCAGAUGCCUGCAUCUUUUCCAGGACAGAACAUUAAAAGGAAUGUGGAUCCAGAAUAUUUAGCCAUGAUGCGUUCUGAAGGAAUAUCAGAAAGCACUCUUGGUGCGUUGCUGCAGCAAGGAUUUGAUUCUCCAGGCUUGCUAGCAAUGAUGGAGGACAAUGACAUAAAAUCAGUAGCUCCAAAUCUAGGGCAGGCAAGAGUGCUUUCUCGAAUUGUUCAUACCUAUAAAGUAGAAAUGCAACUCCAGAGGCAGUCUAGGAAAAAUGCUGCUAUUUGUCCCAGAAACAGAUCAAAUAGUUUUAGUCACCGAAGCGAAUUGCUCCAGAAUGAGUACGGGACCCAUCCUUUCACCAACCCUGUGGUGGAUGGUGUAGCUGCAUAUCAGUCACCAACUGCUUCAAUGCAACCGCAGUCUCCAAGAAUAGCAGAAUUAACUCGCCGUCCAUCUAGUGCCCCAACACAACAUCUUUUGGAAACUGCAACAGGGUUUUCUCCUCAAGUCACUCCUUUCCUUCCCAGUUCUGGAUAUAGUGCUUCGGGCCCAUGCAAUAUGCAUAUUCGUCAAGCAACUGGCUAUUCUGGCCCCUCUGCGAGUCCUAUGAAUACGCUGCAAACAAAUCCACAUGCAAAUUCCAAAAUAGCCUAUUCAACCACAUACACCGUACCCAUGGAACUGAUGAAAAGAAAUCCACUAUCCUCCCCUGCUCACAGCCCUCACAACAGUCCUCAGAUUCUUCGAAAGCAAGGAGUCCAAGUCGAACCCAAUCUGGCUCCAGUGGGACUGAGUUUUCCUGGAUAUCAUUCGCCAUGUCAGAAAUCUACAAGGCGUACAGGUCCACCUGUCAUCGUCUCCACCAUGACAUCUCCUGAACCAAGUAUACGUCCACAAAUAAUGAAUGGCCCUUUGCAUCCUCGUCCAUUGGUGGCUUUGCUAGAUGGAAGGGAUUGUACAGUGGAGAUGCCUAUUUUGAAGGACUUGGCUACUGUUGCAUUCUGUGAUGCUCAAUCUACUCAGGAAAUACACGAAAAGGUUUUAAAUGAAGCUGUUGGAGCAAUGAUGUAUCACACUAUCACUCUCACCCGGGAGGACCUAGAGAAGUUCAAGGCCUUACGAGUCAUUGUUCGGAUAGGCAGCGGUUAUGACAACAUUGACAUCAAGGCUGCAGGGGAACUUGGGAUUGCUGUUUGCAACAUACCUUCUGCAGCAGUUGAAGAAACAGCUGAUUCUACCCUCUGCCACGUCCUGAAUCUGUACAGGCGGAACACUUGGCUCUACCAAGCUCUGAGGGAAGGAACUCGAGUGCAGAGUGUAGAACAGAUACGGGAAGUGGCUUCCGGAGCAGCCCGUAUUAGAGGCGAAACACUUGGCCUGAUCGGAUUUGGUCGCACUGCACAAGCAGUAGCUGUUCGAGCUAAAGCAUUUGGCUUCAACGUGAUCUUUUAUGACCCAUACCUGCAAGAUGGGAUUGAAAGGUCCCUGGGAGUUCAGCGCGUCUACACACUUCAGGAUCUGCUGUACCAGAGUGACUGCGUAUCAUUACACUGUAACCUCAAUGAACAUAAUCAUCACCUGAUCAAUGAUUUUACGAUUAAGCAGAUGAGACAAGGAGCUUUUUUGGUAAACACAGCACGGGGUGGUCUGGUGGAUGAAAAGGCCUUAACCCAAGCUCUGAAGGAAGGAAGGAUACGAGGGGCAGCACUGGAUGUCCACGAAUCAGAACCAUUUAGCUUUGCUCAAGGGCCCCUGAAAGAUGCGCCCAAUUUAAUUUGUACUCCACAUACUGCUUGGUACAGUGAACAGGCGUCACUGGAGAUGAGAGAAGCAGCUGCAACAGAGAUACGUCGAGCGAUCACAGGUCGCAUCCCCGAAAGCCUACGGAAUUGUGUGAACAAGGAAUUUUUUGUCACAACUGCUCCUUGGUCAGUAAUAGAUCAGCAAGCAAUUCAUCCAGAGCUCAAUGGUGCCACAUACAGAUAUCCACCAGGAAUGAUGAGUGUUACUCCAGGUGGAAUCCCAGCAGCUAUGGAAGGUAUCAUUCCAGGAGGGAUUCCAGUUACCCAUAAUCUUCCAACUGUGGCACACCCUUCUCAAGCUCCAUCUCCCAACCAGCCCUCAAAACAUGGGGAUAACAGGGAACAUCCAAAUGAGCAAUAGCAGACAAUUUAAAGCACUCCAAUUUGGGACCAAGAGACAUUGGAAAAGAAAAUGACAAACUGAAAGGAAUUUGAUACAAAAUUUGUAAGGUUCAUUUUGGACAGAUGCAUCACGAUGUUCCAGUGUUAACGACGACGACAACCACAAAAAUUAAAAGAUAGGAGUCAAGACUUAAGGGAGGGAGGGGGAAAACAGAAGAAGUCAUCUGCUUACUGAAGCACUGAAAACUAGGAUUUGAUAACAUUACUGAUCAGCUUCUGUUAUUGUGUAUUUAAGUUCUUUCAUCUUUACAUCAAUCACAAGAAUAAUAUAUGUACCUUCUAUGUCCCUUUGGGGAAAAACAGCUGAUUGAAGUAUCUAUUACUUAGAACAUAUCUAACAGCCCUAACAAAGCUUACAUGAUAAUAGAGAGGACGCCAUCCUGUGACUUCAGCCCUUUCCUUACUCAAUCACCUGGCUUCUCUUUCUACACCUUGAGGAAAGAUGACCCACACACGGGGAGAGAGUUUUGCUUGUUACAGUUAUCUGUAGCCACUAAUUUACUGGAGGGAUGCUACUCAAGUUUAAUUACAGUUAUAUAGUUUGGAGAGGGGAAAAGGCCUACGUUAACUUACUGCCUUUUUCACAGAACUUGAUGCUUCUCCUACAAGAUACACUUAAUAAAGUAGCUGUAAGUUCAAUAACACAUGUUGAUGAUGCAAAAAAAGUGUUAAGUCUCACAUUUAUAUUCAAAUAUAUUUUUCUCAGUUUUAAAUCCACAGCUAUUUUAUUGAGUGGAAAAGUCUUGAGCUGGAAAGGAUUCAAGAAUGUUGCAUUUCCUUAUGUCUCAGGAAAAAAAACACUUUUUAUGGUAACUUGUCAGACUGUAUGAACAAAACCCACUUUUUUAGACAUUGAAGUCUUCUUUUCUUCAUGUGGUAUUUUAUACAAGAACACUUCAAAAUGUGUUAUUAGAUGUGACUGAUUUUAACAAAUCCUAUUAGAUUUGUAUCAACUAGUUACAUGUUAUAUUCAUAGUCUUUUGUGAAACAUCACCUUUUUGUUGAAAAAGAUGGCUUAUUCUGAGCCUUUGUAUGGGUACAUUCUGUUUCUGUGAUAAAAGUUUUAAAAGCUGUCCCAAACAAAACAAAACCAGAACCAAUGGCUACCAGAAAUGUUUUGUUUUAGUGUAUUACCGUUACUGUAUUUGUUUAUUGUAAAGGUGGACAUAUAGCGUUCAGUGCAGUUUUCAAUAAAAAGUGACAAUUUCUAUAAUUUCA